ACCGACACAUCCUGAUACAUUUCCAUUAACGUACCUGUCAAAAUUUGCCCGAACAUUUUUACUGCCAGUUUACACUUUGUACUACGGUGAAACAUGGACGCUACAUCCAAGCGCUUCCAGUGAGGCUUGUUGGGAUAAGUCAGUGUUUCUCUGGUCUGUAUUACAUCAAUAUUCAUAAUGAUAACUCCUGCGUUUGACCUGAGCCAAGAUCCCGAGUACCUGAUCCUCAGCAUCCGUGUACCCUACACCAGAACAUCAGAGUUUGACCUCUUCAUUGAUGGAACAGAUUUCAAGUUCUAUGCUAAGCCCUAUUUUCUCAGGUUAUCUCUUCCUGGAAGAAUAGUGGAGGAUGGGAGAGAAAAGGCCAAAUUUGACAUUGAUAAAGGUCUCUUCACUCUUCGGGUCCCUAAGGAAACAGCCGGAGAGCACUUUAAAGAACUACAGAUGCUGACAAGUCUCCUCGCCCCAAAAGGCUCCCGCUCUGCAAAACCACUGGUAGAGGACGUAAGCACAGGAUACAGUGAAAGCAUGGGAGAGGAUGAAGAUGAAGAUGAGGAAGAAUUUGACUGGCAGGUUGAGCAGGAAGUGUACAAGGAGAGCUCUGAGGAGGAGCUGAGAGCCUUGCAGAAAUAUGGUUUUGGCAAUCAGAGGUCUGGAGUGUUUGCAAGAUUACAGGAGGAACUGAGCGAUGUGACUGAUGUCAAGAACCCAGAAGGAACUACAGCAGCAGAGAGGAGGCAGGCACGGUUGAACGCAGAGGCAUCUGCUUUUUCUCCUGACCACUAUCUGGCUGAUUUGUUUGAGGAUGAUGAGAUAAAGGGCCUGCUGAAGCUCAGGCCAUGGUGGGCAAAGCUGAGUCCUUCUACAGAGCAGGAAGGAGAAGCUCCUGUGUCAUUCACCGACGAUGAGAAGGAGCAGCUGAGAAAAUUCACCAACCGCUCCUACCUGCUGGACAAGACGUCCCGUUACCAAGUGUGGCUCAGCCUUGUGGACAUCCUGCUGGCUUAUUCCUAUGAAGUGCGCUCUACAGAGGGAGAGCACAAUGUAGAGUCACCGUGGACUAUCAGAAAACUCAGCGGGACUCUCUGCUGGCUGGAGACGUACAGCUCCUUACAAGACGUCCUGGUGUCAUUUGGACGGAGGGUUUUGUGCUACCCACUCUACAGACACUUUGCCAUGGUCUCUGUGGCUGUUCGUGACACAAUUAAGAUUUUGCAGUCAGGGAAAGCCUGUGUCCUCAAAUGCCUGCUGGAUAUUCACAGAGUCUUCAGAGAGAACGACCCGGCCUACAUAUUGAACGAUCUGUACAUCACAGACUACUGCAUCUGGAUCCAGAGGGUCAAGUCCAAGAAGAUGACAGCCUUGGCUGCGACGUUGCACGAAGCCUCCUUGCGGAAAAAAGACUUGGAGCUGGAUCUCGAGGAGCUAGAGGAGGCAGCGUCAAUGGUGGCGGAUGAAGAAGAGCAGGGAGCCUCCAGGAGCACUCCGAUAUCCCACGGUGACAGCAGCAGCGCUUCCAGUGACAGCAGCAGCAGCAGCGACUCGUCUGAUGAGAGCGAGGAAUCUGAGGCUGAAGGGCAAGGCUGCACUGCAUCCAACGAGGGAGGAGGAGGAGGAGGAGAGAUGUCUAAGGACAACCCUCUACAGCCCCAACCCCCCUCCACUGCCUCUCCCAUCCCCCAGGAGCCCACGAGCACACUCCUUUCAGCAGAGAGGAAAGUGGACUCCCUCCCCUCAGCCUCAGGAGGCUCCAGACAGCUGAUCCAGGAACUGGGGGAACGGGUGGCGGAGGAGCUGAAAAUCUCUCAAGACUCCAGCUACAAAGCAGAGAGAAACUGUUCACAGCUGAGCAGCACUGCAGCAAAAACUGAAGUAACAUCUCGGAGGAGCAGCAGUGGGACUUUCUUAGAGCCGAGUCCUCGCAGAAACCCUCUGCUCAUCGUCGAAACACAGGAAGAUCUUGAUGAGAAUGACUUCAUCUGCUGAUAGAAAUUGUUGUGGAACCUGAAAGCCACUUGAUGAAUUUUGAACUGUUAACUCUGUGUAAGUGAUUUGAGAAAAUGUGUUUUUAAUGAUUUCAUUUCUAUUUUUGGAAUCUUUUUUUAUUGCUGCUUCUUGUCUUUGUGAUACCAAGUUUUGAUUUGUAGUGCUUUAACCCUCUUCUAAAGGACCUUAUUUUCCAUAAAGAAUUAUAUUUUCUUAAUUUAUGAACUUGCUAAGCCUCAUUGAAAUCCUUAUUUCAUAUUUCUAUGGUUGUUUAAUGAGCAUGUGUAUGCGUGUAGUUUUUCUCAUUUUAUUAGCUGAUUAGAGGCAUCCCAGCCUUCUUCUGCCUUGCCUCAUGUGUUCUGUAUCUGACUUUCUUGCUACUGCUGCUCUAUAUCCAAGCUGCCUACAUGCUAUACAAAUAUUUCUACCCUCUGAACAUACUGUGUUUAAAUUUAUAUCAAUUAUUUCUGCUCCUUUUUAAUUACUGAAAGUAAUUUAACAGCAUUUGUGUACUAGAUUUAGUUCACUGACAUCUGCUAAUAGUGUACAACUUCUCUGCUACCCUUGUAUAUUUCCAUACCCAUAUUGAAAAAUUCAGUCUGUAUAUCCAUGUUGGGCUCAAAUAAAAAGAAAAAAAAACACGAAUGUCA